AUGGUGCUGAUCUCGAAGAAGAACCGCAAGAUUAUCUUGGAGCACCUGUUCAAGGAGGGGGUCAUGUGCGUUAAGCACGACCCCUCGGCCUGCAAGCACAACGAGCUCGAGGACAUCCCGAAUCUGCACGUGAUGAUGGUCCUCAGGUCUCUCGCCUCUCGCAGCUACCUGUCUGAGAAGUUUAACUGGCAGUGGCACUACUACUUCCUGACAAACGAGGGCAUCGAGUACCUCCGCGAGGUCCUGCAUCUCCCCGCCGAGGUGCAGCCCUCCACGCUCACCAAGAUGCGCCCGUCGCGCCCGGCCCUGGGCGGCGGCGACGGCGUCGACGACGGCAAGGGCAAGGGCAAGGGCAAGGGCAAGGGCAAGUGGGACCGCGACUGA